UAUGUUCAUUGUAGAAUAAGUGGAUUUCACUCUGUGUUAAUUGCUUGACGAAAUCUUAGCUGUAUCCCCACCUCUUCUCAACAAAUCUUAAUUAUUUCCUGCCAACCUGCUUAACAAAGAAAUUAAAUAAUAUUUUAGAUAUACAUAUGUACAUAAAUUGUAUUAAACUUAAUUUGCUAUAUCUUUUAUAUCAAUAGAAAUAUAUAUAAGCGUAUCUAAUCAUAAAUACUUGAGUCUUUCUGAACCCAGUUUUAGGUUAAUGUAGCGGUAUAUUCAUUAUAUUUCCGGUUUUCAUUUUAGGUCUUGUACUGAUUCAGCUUUUAAAUUGCUUCAUUCAAUUGAUAUAGCUCAUACGCCGUGCUAUCCUCAUGAAUUAAUAUAUAUUGCCACCACUGUAAUCAUAUGAUAGGAAAGAUCACACCACAACUUCUCUUAAUUUUUUUCUAACGACUAUGGUUUAGUUAGAUAAGAGCUGCAAAACUCAUAGUUAACCAGUGACUUAAUUUACUUUAUAAAAGAAUUUAACUUGAAAUUUUAGUGUAUCGUUGUCGCUUGACGGAAUGGUGGACUUGUUUAGGUCGUUGAGAGAUAUUUGUUAAUGUAAAUUAUUUGCGUUUUGCAUYGCCGAGUGAUGGAGUGUCAAGAGCUCUUUUCCAUUUAGUACUAAAAUACUAAAGUAAACACCGUUGAAUACUAAGKAAAUCUUUAAAUGUGCAAUAUCUAAUUAAACGCCUACGUUCAACAAUUCCAUAUUAUGAGUGAUUUUAUUAUCGGUGGUUUGGCCUCUGUAGGAACCAUACUAUUCACUAAUCCACUGGAGGUGAUUAAGACGCGCUUACAACUGCAGGGUGAGUUAGCCGUGCGCGGGACCUACGAUGUUCACUAUAGGGGUAUAGUGCAUGCCUUUGUGACAGUUAUCAAAAAUGACGGUUGGACAGGACUGCAAAAAGGGCUGGUGCCGGCAAUGUACUUUCAAUUUACAAUAAAUUCAAUACGACUUGGGAUGUACAACGCCGCAGUCAAUAGGCAGUGGACUCGCACGAAGGAUGGUGGUGAAUCAUUUGGACUGGGGCUUUUUUGGGGCGCUGCUGGUGGUGCAGUAGGCGCCUAUUUCGCCAGUCCAUUUCUAAUGAUAAAGACUCAGCUGCAGUCACAAGCGGCCAAGAACGUGGCUGUAGGAUAUCAGCAUCAUCACACUGGUAUGUUUAACGCCAUGAAGCAGAUUUAUCUAAGUGGUGGACUUGCAGCAUUGUGGCGUGGUUCUAUAGCCUCCAUACCACGGGCUUCAAUUGGUUCGGGCGUACAAAUCGCCACAUUUGGCAAAACAAAAUCAAUGCUCCGUGAACACAAUUUAGUUGUACAACCAACAUUGAACUCUAUGUGUGCUGCUUUCUUGGCUGGUUGUGUUGUAACAUUGGCAAUCACGCCGCCGGACGUUAUAUCAACACGGCUCUACAAUCAGGGUUUGGAUGCUAAUGGCAAAGGCUUAUUAUAUAGUGGUUGGUGGGAUUGUUUUUUCAAAAUAGCGCGAAGCGAAGGUUUAUAUGGUCUCUAUAAGGGCUUUUGGGCAAGCUACUUACGAUUUGCUCCGCACUCAGUACUUUUGCUGGUAUUUUUCGAUGAACUCUUAGCUUUGAAACAUAAGUAUCAAAUGAGUUAUAAAACUGUAAAUAAAGCAUAGUCGAAAUACUUAAACCAAAUUACAACUAGAGGCUAUACAAUUUAGCGGAAUCGUGCCUUCGUUUAUAAAACGAUAUUUSCUAAUUCGGAUAUUCUCCAUUACAGUUGCGAGAACACUUAGCAAYGUGUGCAAUGUACAAAACCAUUUAUUAUGUAAAUAUUAUUAGUAAUAUGUCAAUAUGUGUGUAGGUAAAAAAAAAAAUCGGUUUUAGGACUAGA